UUUAUAUUUAUUUAUUUUGCGAAACGUAUUUCAUAUUUUGUAGCUUUACAAUUUUUUUUUACAAAAAAAACAUGAAAUUAUUAACAAUUCUCAAUUAUGCUUCUAAAAUAAAAACAGUUCCUAAAAUUGCAAAAUCAAAUAAAGUUUAUGAUACAGAAAAAUUAAGAAAGGCUGAUGCUAUUAAGCAAUUGAACAAGGAAAAUAAAUUAUUAUUUGGCCCGGUAAUUAAGAAGAAAAUAAAAGGAAAAGAAAAGAUAGUAUUGAAGAAAGCAACAGAGGAGGUGUCACAAGAUAAUUCUUCUGAAUUUUACUGGUUAAUUAAACAUCAAUCUGUAACAGAAGAAAAGACUGACAAGAAUUUAGAAAAAUUAGAAACUAAUCCAGUUAAUAUUGAAUUAAACAAUAAUUUAAAUAAAACAAAUGAAACUCAAGAAAUACCAUUUUCUUCAAAAGCAAUUAAACAAAUGUUUAAUUUUCCAUUAAUACUUAGGGACGACAAAAAGAAUUUAAUAGAAUUUGAGGAAAAAUAUGAAACUGAUUUCCCAUCAGUUACCAAAAUAUUAAGUUUAACAAUGUCAGAAAAUGCUCGUAACGCUUUAAUAGAAUGGAAACUUUCCAAAAUUAAAGAGCUCGGAGAAGAAGGAUUUUUUAAGUUACAACAAGAACAUUUCCGAAAAGGAAAAGAGCUUCAUCAAUCACUCGAAACAUAUCUAAAAUCUAAUAUUGAACCUUCAUCAGAAACAGAAGUAUUUACUACAUGGAAAAGUAUUUCACCAAUAUUAAAAGAGUUGAAUCCAAAAGCGCAUUUGAUUGAAGCGCGUGUUGAGCAUCCAUUUUUAAAAUACAAAGGUGUAGUUGAUUGUGUUUUACAUAUAGGAACUAACUUAAGUGUUAUAGAAUGGAAGAAAUCAGAUAAACUGAAACCAACUCCAGAAAAAACUUAUGAUGCUCCAAUACAAUUAGCAGCUUAUCUAGGUGCUCUUAAUUCAGAUCCAAAAUAUAAAUUAUCAAUUGGAACAGGUUAUGUAGUUGUUGCUUAUACAAAUGGAAAACCUGGAAAUUUGUUUCAAUUUAAUGAGAUUGAUAUGCAAAAAUAUUGGCAAUUAUGGUUAAAAAGAUUACAAGAGUUCUGGAUUAGAACUCGUGAUGGAACUUUACCGGAUCCGAUUUAAUUUAAUCUAUGUUAUUUAAACUAUACAUACUUAUGUACAUAUGUAUAUUAAAAAUAGGUAGACAAGAUAGGAGUGCCUUUAAUUAAUUUUUUAAUUAAUUUUGUAAUUAAAAUAUUUGGAAAAAAAACUUAGUUAUUUUUAUAAAAUUUCGGAAUUUUUAAAUCAUGUAAUUGAAAUUAGGUUUAAACACCUAUAUGUAGACAGAACGCAUUUUCGUUUCUAAGAAUGUUAAUAAAUUUUAUUUAAUAUUAUUUAUUUACUGAUUUAGGAACCUCUGUUGUAAUUGAAAAAAAAACUUUACUCAAUUUAACGCAUUAUGAACACGCAUUUCGAACCUUUAA